AUUACGUAUAUGUCAAAGUCAAAGUGCCUACCUUACGUCUGUUGCGAUUUUCGUCGGAGAAACUUUUGAUAAUAAUACAAUAAUCGCGUGAUUCAUUGAUUUGUUCUUCCGUGUGAUUGGCGGCGAAUCUAAAUGCCCACCGUCUACCGUCGGUCGAGGAGGUGAAAGGAUUGCGGUCGGUAUCCUUUCCUGUGCGAACUUUGAAGAGUCAUGGAUUCAUCAACUGCAACGGACAGUGAUCAAUCCAGCCAGGAUUCAAGUGUGGUAGAGAUGAACAACUCCGACAGUGUUCUCCAUAAAAUUGCCAAUUUAUAUGCCGAACAGUUGAUGUCCGACAUAUGCUUAGUUGUUGGUAAUAAUCGUUAUCCGGCGCAUCGUGUCAUAUUAUGUGCGAGCAGCGAAGUGUUCCAGGUGAUGUUAAUGAAUCCGGAAUGGAACGAAUGUCGAAAAAGUGUGAUCGAAUUGAAGGAGGAGCCGUGCUGUUCGAUGGUGUUUCCGCAGUUUUUGAAAUAUUUAUACGUGGGGCAGAUACGUAUUUCUCUACAAACUGUAAUGCCGAUGUUGGCGCUAGCUGAUAAGUAUAAUAUUAAGGAUUUAGUUAAACUUUGUGUUGAUUACAUGUUAGAACAUAUUGCCAAAGCAGCUACCCAAGGCUAUCUGAUAUCAUGGCUCCAAUACACGAUAGCUUUUAGCCCAUAUCAUCGCAAUCUCACUGAAGCUUUAAAGCGUUUUUUAAAAUGGAAUCUAGAGAUUGUUGCUGAUUCGAAGGACUACGGUGACUUAGAUGCUAACAUAAUGAUUUUGUUACUGCAACAACACGACAUUGUAGUGAAAAGUGAAUAUGAAUUGUUUUGGCUUCUCGAAAAGUGGCUUAUGUGUAAAAAGGAACAAUUAGACAACGAUAAUUCUAUGUCGGAUAUCGAGAAGGAAUCAAUUUUUAGAAAUCUGAUAGAAUCAACCAUUGUACAUAUUAGAUUUUCAAUGAUGUCGCCGAAGGAGCUAGCUCAUCUCUUGUUGAAUCAAGUGGUUAGCUAUCAUAAGGAAUUUCUAGUUCAACGAAUGGCAAUUGGAAUGAGCUAUCACUCAGGCCAAAUAGAACGAGUGGAGGAGGUCUGGAAUUCGGAAGAUGGUGCUUUGCAAUUUACUCCUCGUCUCUAUUUGAAUGAUGUCUGGAGUUUCAAUAUGUUAGUGAAAGAUUUUGAGAAAACCAAAGAUUAUGAGAAUUUCGUGGCGUGUUUCUUCUCACAACGAACUCUGGCUGAGAGGGAGGAUGACCAAUCGGUCACUUGGGAAAUAGAAUUCUUCCCACGUGGAGUUAAGCAUAGUCGAGCGAAGAUGGUUUGUAGUGGUGAAGACAUCCCGGAAUGUGUGCUGCGCACAGUACGAUUACGAGUUACCUGCAAGGAGAAUUUCACGAGAGACGAAAGGUUUAAGAUUUCCGUUCUGCUAACCGGCGUGCAAAAUAAAAUACAACAUAUUCGAACCGUACAUAAUCGAACCGAAUACUUUUCCGAUUCGUUUCAAGUUCUCAACAUCGACGGUCUGUUGCCAUAUAAGGAGUUAGAUUUGGCGUCUAGUAAGCUUAGUCCGCAUCUAAUUGGACCGGAUCGCAAUAAUCUUUGCUUGAGCGUUAUCAUAGCACCGAUGGGGCCAUACACUUGCUAUAAGGCCCCACCAUUCGAGUUUAAAUAGUAAUCGUAACGAAGUGCAAGUCCAGGUGUCAAUAAAAGAAGUUUUGCUGCUGGAACUGAUUCGGAUGUAAAUUCCCCUCAAUAAUGCGAGUAGAUCUUGUAAUACAAACUUUUUAGCGGCGAACUAUUAUCCACGACGGUCAUAACUUUUUAUUAGAUUCAGUUGGCAUUUUUUUCGUUUCUGCCAUUGUAUUUAAGUUGAUUACAGUGAGUUCUUAAAUGUGAUGAUAUUUUAAAUAGAAUUUGGAUUGUGAUUUGUUUUCGAACAUUUUGCGGCGUGUUGUAGAUUUCUGUAAAUUUUCGAAUAUGUACAGUCUCUUCUAUCUAAUCUUUGGCAUGGUCGGUGAAAACUGAAAACAAAUACCAAUAGAGUGCAUAAACUUACUAUAAAAGAUAUAAAUAUAAAACUGUACUGAAAUUACAUGUAUAAGUUGAUUUUUGUAUAAUAUACAUUCUGUUAAAUGAGAAAA